AUGUUUUAUUCAAAGAGUGCAUUUUUAUUGGUAAUUUUUCUUGCGCUAAAUGCGAUUCAGUUCAGUGCAGCAAUAUUCGAUUGCAGUGAAACAAGAUGUGGGCCACGUGUAAGUAAGUGCAUGUUGAUAAAAGCUUGCAAUUGCUCGAUUACUCGACAAAAUAUUCUAAGCAAUAAUUGCACGUGUUGUAAUCAGUGCAUUCAGUGUUUGGAUAAACAGUUCACUGAAUGUUGCUCUUGUUUUGGGUUAUGCAAUCCAGACCGAGAGAUUCCUCGAAUAAAUAGCUAUGUCGAAAAAUUGGAGCAGAACGAUGAGGAUUUGAUCGUUUUUGAUAAAGUUGCAUCAAUUAAUAGACUUGGUACUACUCAUACAUUUCCAAUAAUGCAAGAAUAUGCCUACGAUGUGCGUGAAGGAAAGUAUAUGAACCGCAUUCGAGAUUCAAAAGAUGAAGCAACUUGUACUGUUUUAUACCUCGACCAGUGUAUGUCCCAUGAGGAAUGCAGCCGUCAGUGUCUGGUUAUUGGUGCAACUAUGCUUCGUUGGUUCCACACUGGUUGCUGUGAAUGUAUUGGUCAUACAUGCCUCCCAUAUGGCUCAAAUAUACCGCGUUGUAAAUAUUGCACUGAUUUUGAUGAUGAUUCAAUUUUGAAUCAAUCAAAUCGUCAUGAAUUGUAG